AGCUUACAAGGAAGAACCUGUUAGCAUUAGCCCUUAAAGGUGGGCAAUGCAGCGCUUAUGUCUGGACAGGUGAUUUGGACAGUUUGGAUUAUCUGUGGGGCCCACAAUAAUGUGGUUGUACACAAUAAUAAGGGCUUUAUUGUAUCAUAUCCUCACAUAGGGAAAAGACACAUAUGGUUUCUCUCUCUCAGAAUGAGUUGUGGAGACAUUUUCAAAUAGAAGUCACUGGUGGGUAGACUUUCUAGUUUCUAUACAUACAAGUCUUGGUCAGAACUUCUUCACACAUUUUGCACAUCAGCACAUCCCAUACAGGUGUGCAUUUGGGUGUGAGCAAGCAAGCAAGCGAGCAACAUAAUCAUCAAUGGCAAAUACAGGUAUAGUCUUCCAAAUCCAAUUUCUUGUGUAUUUGAUGCAUGAGAUCCAUGGGGUCGAGGCCGAAUCAGCAGUUACAUGUGGUAUCAGAGACGUAUCGAAAGUUAGGAUUUAUGUUCCUCCAUAUGGGAUCAAGGCCAAAUCAGCGGUUACAUGUGGUAUCAGAGACGCAUCGAAAGUUAAGAUUUAUGUUCCUCCACCGAUUGUUAUAUGGCUAGAUGGGAUUGUAUUGAUUUGCCCUCUGAUCACAUGUGGAUAACUAAUUUUCAAUCAUAUAGGAUUAUAUUGUCGUUAGAAGAGGAAUGAUGCAACCUGAUCUCAGUUUUGAUCAUUGCUUUGGUAGAUUUUUUGUCCUGUUCAGAAAUGUUCUAGCUCUGUUUUCUGAAGCGAUCUGAGUAUCAAACAGUUUUGAUUUACAUUUGGGUCCGGUGAUAGAUUGGUUACUGCUGUGAAUUCCAACCUUUAUGUAUCAUCCAGACAUGGAUUAUGAUCUGAUAUUGCAUUCAGUUGCGAUCUAUUUGGCAUCAAAAUCUCCUCACCUCAUAAUGUUCUGAUAGUCCACGUUCCUGAAUCUCAAACUGAUCAUGCUUCUACUGAGUUUUGAUUCAAUGAUCUGACCAUCAGUUGAUGAAUACCUCUGUGGCUCCCCUAUUCGUGUUGCAUGCUUCCUGCUGCUUGCGAUGUCCUCAUGCUGCAGCAGAUAUGUUGAUAGAUCCAAAAGUGUACUUGCCGAUACUUGUAGCACUGCUCUUUCAACGUGAGAUCUCUUUUACUGAAGGAUUGCCGCUGGGGAAUUGCACUGCAAUGGAAAAAACUUGCAUAGAACAGGAAUCGGAAUCUUCAUCAGUGGGCAUUUCGGAGGUACCUGGGGAGCCCGCUAUUGUUAUUAAUGGGGUUCCAAACAUGGCCCCAAUUGAUGGUGCUUCCACUUCCUCAGACUCCACAAGCGACUCAGAAUCGGAAGUUAAUCCUGGCUUCGGUGAAUGGUUGGAAGGCAGGGGAGUUAGAAAGAUGUUUGGUGAUCAGUAUUAUUCUGGAAAGGUGGUAAAGUUCGAUGCAGAAUCAAAUUGGUACAGGGUUGUGUAUGAAGAUGAUGACUUUGAAGAUCUCGAGUGGCAGGAGUUGCAAGAAGUACUUCUUCCCCUUGAUAUUGCGAUUCCGCUGGAAGCAUUGGCUUUGAAAAUACACAAGUAUGAGAAAUCAGUUGAUGGGUCUGAAGAAAAUGCCUCCAGAUCAAGGAAAAAUCAUGCGAAGAAUCCGCCAGUUAGGAGGAGGUCAGUGGAGGCAGGCUGGGGAGCUUUGGUAUCCAAGUCAAGGGAAAGACCAAGCAAAGAACAUGUGGAUGGGCUGACAGAAAGACGAAAAAGGGGAAGACCAAGAAAAGAACAUGUGGAUGGGCCAAAGGAGAGACGCACAUUUUUGGGAAACACAGCUAGAGCUGAAAGCCAGAAGCGAAAACAAAGUAUGAUUGAGUACAAUACCAAUGAAGCAAAAAGCACAGUUCUGAAUGACUCAUGAUUGCAGAAAAUGGCUGAGACUGAGAGUGCUAUCUCCUUGCUUUGACUUGUGCCAUUCCAUUGAGCUUCUUUUGUUUGAUCUUCAUCUUCAGGAACAUCAACUCCAAAGCAAGAUUGUAAAUGGAACUGUCACAGGAGAGAAUUUGUUUCAAUGCCAUCCACAUCAGAUGCUUGCCAUCUACAUUUGGGGUCUCUUGGAGAGUUCUGCCUUUCGAAUUGGAAGCCCGGGCUGUGGUGCUAUAACUGCAUCCUUGACACAGUCCAUCUACCUGUUUGGUAAGUGUCGAUGGUUAGAUGCCUGCAACUGGAAUGAAUUUUUGAAUAUGCAAGGGGAAGGAUCAUCAAGAAUUGGUUUUGGUAGAGAUGUUCCACAUGGCACACCCAUACAAGAUCCAGACGUCUAUUAGGUUUUUACACUGGAUGGGUGUACGUCAAAUCAAAGUAAUCAGAUGAUCCUAGCCGCUCGUCGGAGGGCCCUUUGCCAUUUAAUGUUGAUAGUUGGGACUUUUUGUCUCUAACCACUGAAUUGUCAUCCUUAGAAGCCACCCAAGCAGCGGCACUGAUUACCUGUAUGCCUAGGGCCCAGCAGAUGAACGGCCUGGAUCUUGUUUAUACCUCGGGGUUAACCAUCGCUAUAAGACUUGCAGCUGAUAACCUGUUGUAGAACUGUUACAAUUCAGUACAACCUUGCAAAUGUGUUAUAAAGUGCAUUGUCCAA